AUGUCGAAAGUGUCAUCUUCUUCGUAUGCUUGCCCUGUGUUGGCGACACAAGAGAUCGGCGAAGUGAACUUGUCGCUGACUGUCAUGAACGAGACCAUGGCUUUGAGAUACGGAGACUGGACCUACAAGCCGUUAGUUAUCUACUCAUACUGCCUCGAGAGUGCCAAAAGAGCCGUAUAG